GACAGCCAGAAGUAUUUCGGCGAUCGUGUGCGCAACAACAUGCCUAACGCGAACGAAACAUUUUUGGAAAAGUGCAUUUUCUCUCUGCGAUUACCAAGAGAACCGGCCGCGGGGGACGAGAUCGCUCUGAAGUUAACAAUGAAGGAGAACGCGAAAAGAUUCUCACUGAACCUCUGCCUGGCGCGAUCGGACGACGAAUGCCACCCGCAAACCGAGCCGGAACAAAUCGCCUAUCACCUUGGGUGGAAAUUCCCCGAUGCUGAUGGUGACGACGACGGCAAGCGCUGUGAGAUGAUACAGUGCAGCAAGAAUUGCACCUGGAACGAGCCGCUUGUUGUGGGUGACGAUUGGAUCGGCAGCCAGCAGGUCACCGUUAUCGUGAGGUUUCACACGGAAAUGAUGAAAGUGUUUAUCGAGGAUACCCAACAUCCGCCGGACUACGAGUACGAGCAUCAGUUUCCGAUAGAGGAGAUCAGGUCUUUCGAGCUGUGGGAUGAUGUUGAACGGGUGGAAGAGCUGACGCUCCGGUUUGGUGGGGGCUACAAGAAUGGUCACUAAAAGUAGUUGUUAUUUCUGAAAUUGACACUUCGCACUUCGUCGCUUACGGCUCUAAUGGCUAUACGUGUGGCGAUGGUGCGUCAUAUUUUCGAUCACCUUCCAAAAUCAAUCAGAUCAGACAGUUUUGCUGAUGUGCGAGGUGUGUUACGUUUUAGGUUGAACCAAUUUAUUUCAAUUUGUGUUAUUGAAUCAAUGCACCGUAAAAAUUAGGUUAACAAUUUAUUUAUGUACGAAACCUCUGAAUAAAAUUAUUUAUGCUUUAC